AUGCGAAGAACAGUCGAUGAGUGUCCUGCCGACAUCGUCUUAGCACCAUCAAGGUGCCCCUUGACUUAUCUCGAGUACGCGGACGAUGUAGUUAUAUUCGCGGAUAGCACUACGAAUCUUCAACAUGUUGUCAAACUUGUAUCGAAGCUGGCUGCAGCCUAUGGACUACGUCUACGCCCUGAUAAAUGCAAGCAGAUGUGGAUCUCUUCGAGACCUCGAACGAGAGUUAGGGUGGUCGGACAACCGAUAGAACUCGUCGAUGAGUUCUGUUACCUGGGCUGUAUGCUGAAGAACAACGGCAGCUACGAGAGAGAUGUUCAGCAAAGAUGCGCUAAGGCCACUUCUGCAUUUAACUCUUUAACGAAAUGUCUGUUGUCGACCCCUAUCACCAACGGCGUAAAGCUGUGA